CGCCUCUACGCGCGCCCGCUGUUCCUGAGAGGCCCCCUAGAGCCGGGCGGCGCAGGAGCAGUGUCCCUGGGCCAAGAUGGCGGCGCGGUGCUCCACACGCUGGUUGCUGGUGGCUCGGGGGACACCCCGGCUGCCGGCUGCAGCGGGGAGAGGGGCCCGGCCGCCCAGGGAGGGCGUGAUGGGGGCAUCGCUGAGCCGCAAGCUGAGCAUCCCCGCCUUCCCGUCUACCCUGAUCGCUUGUGGCCCCCGAGCGCUGCUGACAUUGAGACCUGGUGUCAGCCUCACAGGAGCAAAACAUUACCCUUUCGUUUGUACUGCCUUCUUCCACACGAGUGCCCCUUUGGCCAAAGAAGAUUAUUACCAGAUAUUAGGAGUGCCUCGAAAUGCCAGCCAGAAAGAUAUCAAGAAAGCCUAUUACCAGCUUGCCAAGAAGUAUCACCCUGACACAAAUAAGGAUGAUCCCAAAGCCAAGGAGAAGUUCUCCCAGCUGGCAGAAGCCUAUGAGGUUUUGAGUGAUGAGGUGAAGAGGAAGCAGUAUGAUGCCUACGGCUCUGCAGGCUUCGAUCCUGGGGCCAGCGGCUCCCAGCAGAGCUACUGGAGGGGAGGCCCCUCUGUGGACCCUGAGGAGCUGUUCAGGAAGAUCUUCGGGGAGUUCUCAUCCUCUUCAUUUGGAGAUUUCCAGACUGUGUUUGAUCAGCCUCAGGAGUACAUCAUGGAGUUGACAUUCAAUCAAGCUGCCAAGGGGGUCAACAAGGAGUUCACCGUGAACAUCAUGGACACCUGUGAGCGCUGCAACGGCAAGGGGAAUGAGCCCGGCACCAAGGUGCAGCAUUGCCAUUACUGCGGCGGCUCCGGCAUGGAAACCAUCAACACAGGCCCUUUUGUCAUGCGGUCCACGUGUAGGAGAUGUGGUGGCCGUGGCUCCAUCAUCGUAACGCCCUGCAUAGUCUGCAGGGGAACAGGACAAGCCAAGCAGAAGAAGCGAGUCAUGAUCCCUGUGCCUGCAGGAGUUGAGGAUGGCCAGACCGUGAGAAUGCCUGUGGGAAAAAGGGAAAUUUUCGUCACGUUCAGGGUACAGAAAAGCCCUGUGUUCCGGAGGGACGGCGCAGACAUCCACUCCGACCUUUUUAUUUCUAUAGCUCAAGCUCUUCUUGGGGGGACAGCCAGAGCCCAGGGCCUGUACGAGACGAUCAACGUGAUGAUCCCCCCUGGGACUCAGGCAGACCAGAAGAUUAGGAUGGGUGGGAAAGGCAUCCCCCGGAUUAACAGCUAUGGCUACGGAGACCACUACAUCCACAUCAAGAUACGAGUUCCAAAGAGGCUAACAAGCCGGCAGCAUAACCUGAUCCUGAGCUACGCUGAGGACGAGACAGAUGUGGAGGGGACGGUGAAUGGCGUCACUCUCACCAGCUCUGGUGGCAGCACCAUGGAUAGCUCCGCAGGAAGCAAGGCUAGGCGUGAGGCUGGGGAGGACACGGAGGGAUUCCUUUCCAAACUUAAGAAAAUGUUUACCUCCUGAUAUCCCACCCGAGGAAAAAGAUCCACUGGAAACUAGGCCGGAAAGCAGCAGCCCCACCCCGUGGCCAGGGCAUCUCGGAGACAGGAGGAUUCCAGAACAGCAGCGCCAAGUUCCCACCUGCAGCGCCUCUGGACUGCCUUGGCAACAGUAAAAUCAUCGGACAACACAUCUCUCCUUGGAAAGGUCAAAAUGGACAGCCCGGGCAGUAGGACGCAGCCCUGAAGGCUGGUGGGAAUUUCCUGUCCUAGCUCAGGAGAGGGAGACAGUUAGACUCUUUCUUGCAGGGCUAAAACUCUAAUUUGGAAUUGAAUGCUGUAGAGAUCUUAAAGAAUUAAAGGCCAUGCUUACAGCUUAGAAAUGAAGCCUUAAGCUUCAUCAAGUUAUGAAGUGAUUAAUUUCCUUCUCAGCAAACUUCCAGGAGAUUCUGGAAUGAGUUCUUCCUGACAGGUUGUCUUCACUGGGAGCCUGGGACCCCCAGGCCCCACCAAUACCGUCUUCCCCUGAUGAGGGGCCCUGCCGAGGUGUCAGCUGCUCUGCUCAGUUAGUUUUUAUUCCCAGGGGUACCAAGCAGCUGUGCAGUGGGGGCUUGGGAGCCACAUAGAGGCCCAAAGGUCCCUGGGGGUUCUGCUCCUGACCACAUGGGUGAUGAUCCUUGUCAGGAUAGACAGUCCUUGUCCCCACCUCAUCCAGAAUGGCUGCUUGUCCCUGACCGUCAAGUCCUAUUGUUGUAAGCCAGGCAUGGAGGUCUCCUGCCCUUCUGUUGAGCCACAGCCUGCUGUAGCCACUAUGCCAGGCAGACUUCAGCUGCCUCGGGAACUGAAGCCCUGCCACUGUUGCUAGCCAGGGGCUUGGUUCUCCCAUGCACACUGUUGACAUCUAUUUUCUGAAGUGUGUUUAAAUUAUUCAGUGCUAAUCAUUGUUUUUUCCUGUGUAAAUGUUUAUUCAGAAAGGAAAGCGCAGGCUAAGCAGUUGAAGGUUCCCCACCGUUCAGCCAGAGCAGAACCCUGCAUUCCCCAGCCUCUGCUGGUAGCAUGUUGCUGUUUCCAUGUGUUUCGGGAUCCUCGAGCUAGCAUAAGACAGGUUAAUGAAGAACAUUUCUCAGUACUUUCCUUUUGUUUUCCUUUAUAAUUCACUAAAAUAAAGCAUCUAUUAGUGUCUGAUUUAAGAAUGUAAAAUGAAUCUGUAUUAAUGUAAAUAAGAUUAUCUAUUG